AUGGCUUCACAAGCCCGCCCCGCGCCCCAACGGCAACCAAACGGACGAACCGAGGCUGAGAGAGACGAGUGGGAAGACUGGGAAGAUGACGAUAUUGUCACGCCGAUCAUGGACGAUGAAGAAGACCUCAUUGCGAACAAGUCGGCAGCCCCCAGCCCACUCCGACCAAGCAAAGCGCAUUCUGCAAGAUACUCGCAGCCCAGGCAGUCUGUGCAAAAGCUGCGGCGGCUCAAAUCCCGGCACAGGCAGAAGGCCCAGAAUGCGAAGGCCGGGAUCAAGCUGGUGACCGAUAUGACAGCGCUGCGACAGCAACAAGCUGCUCAGAACGGCAGUCCCCAGAUGCGACACCCCAAAUUUGUCGAUGCAGCGGCGCUGAGGGCUCUCGAAGGAGAGCCCAACUCGGCAUCAGUCGGAAACUGGAACUGGUUGAAGAAGAAACCGUGGGAUACCAGCUCGCCAUCCUCAAGCACCAAGUCACCGCAGAGCGCUUCUCGCAGCCCUGGUCAGCAACAAGACCUCUCACCAAAUGACCGCCCAAUCAUGAUCGGAAUCAAACUUCCCGAAGGCACGGAAAUCCCACAAACAGCUAUUCUCGAGACGGCACCCCAAGACUUUCCGCCCAAGUAUGAAAGACAACCUACAACUAGCCCAAACACUGUCACUCCCUUGACUCCUUCACAGCAAAGAUCCGUUUGGAGUCCCGACACACCAGAUUCGACUGUGUCGUUCAGAGCGCCGCGAGCGACUUCUAGCCUCUACUCGCAAGCGGCUGGCUUGGGCGUCGGGAUUCCUCAUGACGCGCCUCCAGUGCCGUCCGUGCCCUCAACUUAUAGGCAGCAAGAAAGGGUGGUCAGUGUUGUUCUCAAAGACAAUGAGGAUGACGACGAAGACGGCGGAAGCCCCUGCACGUUGUUCGAGGAAGACGGCGUGGCCGCCAAUCGCCGGAAGUCGGUCAAGGCCAAGGAGGUCUCAAAGAGUCCCGGAAGCGCUGAAACCCAGACUCGUGGUUGGUGGGAUCAUGUUACGACCCCAUUCAUGGACAGGAAGAGCCCCAUCGCUACAUUCAAGAGUGAAUCACAGCCAGUCAAGCAAACACAGCAUGACGACUGGUGGAGUGAAAAGGUGCCAGAGGUUGCGGCACCCAAACCUACAUCAAUAGAGCCUACCUCCAUCGUCAAGACAGUCGAGAUUCAGCAAGUUACUGCCCAAAGACCUGGCUUGCCUGCAUCGCCGAAGCCGUCGCCAAGGAAUAUUCAGGCGCCAAUCGUCAGAGUUCCUACCCCCAGGAGAACACCAUCGCCGCUCAUGGACCGUCGCGAACCGUCGCCGGCAUCGUCUUCUCGUUCAAUCACCCCGAGACCUGAGUUCCAAUCGGAAAAAGUGGCCAUUGCCCAACCCAGCCCAGCGCCUUCAGAGCUGCCUCCCCCAUACUCGCCGCCUGAACAGCAGAAAGCCGUCAGAUAUAGAGCCGUCUUUCCUGCUGGCCAUCCCCUUCAAGCACUCUACCCACCCUCACCAGGCCCCAUCUCCCCCGCCAUCAACGGAACCAUGAGUUCUCAAGGAGGCAUCAACCUGACCGACAUUCCUCUCACGCCAGCGCGUGCCGAUUCUGGUGGACAGAAUCGUCUACCCGACCGGGUUGCGGGCACUUAUGUACCACAAGAGCACUUUCUCCCAGCCUCCGGACAUGCUCACCGCGUAGAGAGACAGCGCCGCCGCCAUGAGAAGGAAGAGGUGGUAGCUCGCAAAGCUGGUGGCGCCUGGAAGGGUCGCGGGUGCGUCCCCGCCGGUGGAUGCUACGGCCGCAGUGGCCGAGAGGGCCGCAAGAGGAGACGAGUAUGGCUGGGUGUGUGCGCUGCAAUUUUCGCAAUCAUCCUGAUCAUCAUCCUCUGCGCGACGCUGAUUCCGCGAGGAGGAAGCCCUCCCCAAGUUGACAGCAUCUUUGUCAAUCUCACCGACUUUCCUCCUAUGCCGACUGGAGUUCUCUCCGUGGUUGGCCCUGACAAUACCGCCGCCGUUACUGGAUGCAGCAGCCCGUCUACAGUAUGGAGCUGCGCGCUACCGAAGGAGGAACAAGAGUCUGUAGCACCUUUCCGCCCCAAUCAGCCGACGUUCGUCAUGCAGAUCCAGUGGGAUAACAGCACCCGGAAUCUGUGGAACGUUCCCAAUGGAGAGAUACCCGUCCCAGGAUCAAAGACUACGAAACGCAACGAGAAGCGAGGCAGCCUGAUCGCCAGAGCUGGCGCUUUCAUCCGCCGACAAAACCCGGCUUUCAAGCCCAGCCCCAAGGCUCCGACUUUCCAGGAGAUGUACUUUCUCGGCAACACAACUGAUGGUAUUGUCUCGAGCGAAAAGGGUGGCGAACCGACUCCCUUCUUCCUCAGCAUCCUCAAGUCUGCAAAUGAAACCGUGGGGCCCAACGCCAUGGACAAGCGCCAGGACUCGUCCGGCGAUAUCUCGGUUAACCUUCCUGCCCCCGACCUGGAGGCUGACGGCACCGGAGCUCCCGCGCAGCUCUUCCCUAACGCUGUACAACAGCCUGUUCGUCUCUAUGACCGCGGCUUGCCGACAGAACACUACGGCUUUUACACCUACUUCAAGCGCACCAUCUAUCUCAAGUCCGUAACAACCCUGAACGGUAGUGACGAGACAGACGUGCCACUUGACGAGAACGGCGGCUCUCGCAGAAGCGAAGCCAAGUUUCUCGUGACGUGGUCGCAGACGCGUUUCCUCGUGCAGAUCUGGACACGAUCGGACAACAACACCCAGCUUCUUGGUACCCGAAACGGGGCCAGCUCGCAGCAGCCUGGCACAAUGCCUUACCCCGUCACCAUCAAGACGGACACCCACGGCGGCCAGUCGGGCGAGAAGUUUGUCUGGCACUGGCCGGUCAACGACAGGCAAGGCAUCGAUACCAGCGAGCCAAAGUUGCUUCCCAACGACCUGAGCUUCGGAGGCACCAGAGUGAACCCACGUAAGAACGAUGACACAUCAUUUGGAGGAUUUGAUGGCGGCACUGGGGGUUGCCGUUGUGAAUGGGCGAAUUUUAUUGCGAAGAGAGAUACCAAUACUAACUGA